AACACAAAUACACACACACACACACACACACAAACGCACACACACACACUCACUCCUACAUGUACAUUUGGGCUGUGAUUCUGUAUGAAAUCAUCCUUCACACAAGGCUAAAGGACGAAAAAGCUGCUGUAGGCUCAAUGGAGGAAGAGCACACAUGCCCCAUGUGUCGUGACCUCUUUGGUCGAUCUCAACCGUUUCCCUGUGGCCACAGCUUUUGCCUGCCCUGUGCACAAGAGGCCUGGAGCCAGAGCACCGGCUGUGGCAGGCGAAGAUUUGUAUGCCCACAGUGCCUGGAGGAGCAGAAGGUGGUGGUAUGUGACUGCUGUCCAGAAGACGAGGGUAAUGAGGCCCAAGCUGCAGUGAAGACCUGCCUGCGAUGUGAGAUCUCUCUGUGUGAGCAACAUCUGCAGCCACAUCUGCAGCGGCCUGCUUACAGCACUCACCUGUUGGUGGAGCCACUAAUGGACGUAUCCCACCACAGGUGCCCUGCCCAUCAGGAGGUAUUCCGGUAUUACUGCAUGGAUGAUAGGGAGUAUGUUUGCCCAGAUUGCAUUUUAGAAGGACAGCAUGCUCAACACCAAGUCAAAGGGGUGAGGAAAGUGGAGGAGGAAUACAAAGUCAAAUUACAGAGCCUGUUUGAGAAAGCAGAAGAGAAAGUGAAGCAAGGUGAAAAGAUGCUUGAAGAGCAUCAGAAAGCUUGUCGCAGCAUCAUAGAGGGUUCCUCUGUGAGUGAUGUCUCCCAGGUGUUACAGAUGGGUUCAGCCCUGCAGGCUCAGGUGGGCCGACUGGUGUCAGCUGUAAUAAAUAUCACAGAGCAGGAGAGACAGCAGGCCAUGGAGAGGGUGCAAGAAGAGUGCUGCAGAGUAAGAGAAGAUCUGAACCAAACUGAGAGCAUUCACCGCUUCUUUGGCUCCCUGCUGGAUGAGAGCGACCCCUUCCUGCUUAUUUGGGUAUUCCAAACAGAGGACUCACAGAUGAUGGCAGAUAUCAACUCACCUCUGUUCACACCACCUCAGCCCAGCAUGGAUAAGAAACGUGUCUUAGAGAAUGUUGAAAAUAAAUAUAGAGAAUUCAUAGCUGAAACCCUGCGCUGCUUAAUUGAACUCAAGAGAGAUCUCUUAAGCAGCCCGUUAACAUUGGACAAAAACUCAGCCCAUCCUCUCUUAAACAUCUCUGAAGACUUACGGACAGUGAUGAGGGUCAAAAAACGCUUGUCCGUCCCUGAGCAUCCUGACCGUUUUGACCACUGGUCUCAGGUGGUCUCCAGUCAGAUAUUUUCUUCAGGAACCCAUUACUGGGAACUAGAGGUGGAGGGUUUCUGGGAUAUAGCAGUGACCUACCACACCAUUGAGAGAAAAUCAAAAGAGGGCACAGCCUUUGGCUGCAACAAGAUAUCCUGGAGCCUGACACAGCAGCAUGACAGGAAACUAGCCGCCUGGCAUAACCGAAAGAAAACCCACCUCUCCACAAAAAUGUCUGGCAAACAUUUAGCAGUCACUCUAGACUAUGAUUCUGGCUCCAUCACCUUUUCAGAAGUAGGUUCGUCGUCCACCCUGCUCCCUCUGCACAAUUUCAGCACCAGAUUCACACAACCCAUCUGCCUAGGCUUUGGCCUCUACAAACCAGAGCUGAACAGCAGGGUCUCCAUCCUCAAGAAAAUAUGACAGCGUUUACAUCUCGGAUUUGGGUGAAGACUGGAACUGACCGUGCUGUUAAAAUUUUAAUUUCAUAAAGAGUUAUAUGCUUCUUGUGGGAUGUAUGACGCUCUGGCUGAAAUAAAUAGACUCAGCAAAUGGUUAUUUAGCUAGUUUUUUUUAGCAUUUAUUUCUCUUUUAGCUAGUGUCAAAUAUUUAGCAUUAGGUAUUUCAUCUUAAUUCUUUUUGAGGUGAACAGAUCCAACGCAUCUUCCUCCAAUAACGGAUUUUCAAAAUUAGCAAAAUAUAAAUCUCAAAUAUUUUCUUUUAGCUUGGUGCGUAUAUUGCCAAUGCCCUUUUUUGAAGGCACUUAAAUGCAUAAAAGUGCAAUUUAAAACGCAUUUAAAAUAUUGAAUAGUUUCCAUAUCAGCAGCCUUUCUCAUCACAGCUCAAGAAAAACACUAUAAUGAAUGGUUUUUGAAUUGUGAUGCACCAUCAGCUCAUGUGAAUGGCUGUAUCCAUGAGCAAAAAAUAAAUAAAAUACAAUAAAUAAUGUACUCUCAAGUUGUCCUGCACUAGCUUUACAGCAUAAUCCACCACUGAGAUUCAUCUUUGUUCUUAUAGUCUUGUUAUUAUAGACCUCAAUGUUGGAAGCCCUUCCUUCAACAGCUAAGUUCAUGUAUACAGUACAGCCAUUACUUUUGUUUUAAAGUACAUGCGCAAUUUUAAAAUAGACCUUUAAUGGACUGGCCAUUCAUUGAGGGUUUUUCCGCCUUUGACUCAAGACUCUGGCAUCGUUUCCAGUACAGUUCACUCCUUUAAUUUAUUGUUUUUAUUUCUUUUGAUGUUCAAAAAUAAAAAGUGCUGUGUGUAUUUGAGAAAUCUACA